AGUUUCCUCUGUUUGGGGGAAAAAUGAAUUGUUGUUGUAUUUGUUUCGAAACAAAAUGGAAAGGACUUAUACGAAUAUGAAAGAAAUACCGGACAAUAAACCUAACUUUAACUUAUUCCAAAUGGCCGAAAAGAGAAAGACGCACUUCUGCUUGGUAAACUAAGAUUCAGCAGGCAAUCAAGUUCGCCACCCACGCUUGACGACGUUUGGAGGUAACCAAAUGGAGGAUUAUUCUAUAUUUUAAGGAAAUCCUUCCUUUACUGGAAGGAGGACACUUGCUUCGUAAACCAUUAAACAAAGAAGAGAUUAAGUUAUGUUUCUCAAAAACUGUCAUGAUUGCCUAUUGUGGCAAUGUCAGAGAAACAUUGUGCGUGGGUGCGUGGGCUGGAGACAUCAAGAUGUGUUCUGAAUUCAGCAAGGACGUGUUGUCUAUCCCAAUUUGCGUUGAAGGUAAAACAGGUUACGUUUACAUGUGCGGUAAAGUAGCUCCAGAUUACCUGUGCUUUUCAAAGAGCGAGAAAGGAACAGACAUCAGACCUUGCAAAAAUAUCAGAAGACGAGUUUGUCUUAUUAAAAACUCUUUUCAAAAAUGCAUGAAUAAUCAGCCAUCAACUCCAAAUGACCUCAACUUUCCAACGACCUGGACUACUCAAGGAUCCACAAUAAACACACCACUGCUAGAUUCUGCCGAAACACUAACAAGGAACAACGUUACCAUUUUUAAAAAUAGAACAACUGGAUUAGAGAAGAUUAAAUUUCGUAAAUUAGAUUCUAAGAAAUCACCAGUUCGAAACAUUACCAGCCCAUCAAAAUUCAGAAUACAACCACUCCUCAAAAUACAAAAGCAUAAAGAAGUCCCUACCAGAUUUAAAAAGAAACAAGAUACCCAACUAGAUCAAUCAUCAAUUAUUGAUACCUCAAUUGUUGGUUCAGACGAGGACUCCAUGUAUAAACCGUCAAAUGAAAUGUUCUUUAUUGUUCUAUGCCACAACUGUUCGGUGAAAUCGAAAGCAAAACUUGAUAAGAAAUAUGGAGAAAAUUUUUCUAUGGUUACACAAAUUUUCUCUAAAGAAGAAAAUGGUUGAAAUAAUUCAUUAAUUAAUUGUUAAGUAAAAAGAGUUGCAAUACUCGAAUUUAUGUCAUACAAUUAUUAAUCAAAUUCUUUAGAGCUCUUAACAAUUAUUUUGUUUAAACCAAAAUUUUAUUUUGUUAUGCUUUUAAAUAAUAUUUUUAAAUUAUUAGAUCAAUAACUAAUUUAAACUCUACCGAAAACAUAUUAAUUUUAUUCUAUGUAUAUUCAGUAGCAUUAUGUGAUGUUUCCAUUAAAAGUAUAAUCAUUCUGUAAAGUUUGUAUCCUUCCUAUUCUAAGUAUCCUAAGUAUCCUUCAUUAGUGAAUGUAAUAACGUUGUAAUUUAUUUGUUCAGAUAUUUUUAGUUUUUAAAUAUUUUCAAUUACUUGGUUAUAAUUUAGAUCAUCCAACAUCUUUGAGUUAAUAAAAACUGAGCAAUGUCCACUUCUAAAAAAAUACAGCAAAACAAGUAUCUCGAAUGAUAAGAUGGUUAGUAUAACCAAAGUUGCUUUGUUUUUCAUUUUUUAUUUUGUUUGUUUGCUUGUUUGUUUGUUUUUCUUCGUUUAAAUAUUAAUUUGAAGCACCUAAUGAGCCUAUUUGUUUUGUUUCCUUUUUGUCAAUGAUUCUUAAACUAUAGAUAAAAUAAUAAAACGCCUUUCACUUUUUUGUUCCA